CGUUUCCCUAGUGUUUCCCCACUUCGUCGGAUUGUGUCGUCCGCAUAGGGUCCGGAAAGAACUGUUCGUUACAUGGACAUCAACUUCCUGGUUGUCUGGCAUCAUCCUUCCCCAUCAGGAGUGGCGAUAGAGGAGCUUGUGCUGACAGCUUUUAUAUGGAGACUGAUACCAUUAAGCUUGAAACAGCAGGGUCAAUUCUCAAGAGAAUUCUCCACCGGCACCGGAAAUAGAGUACUGUAGUCCUUUUGCACUGAUUGGCAUUGACUGCUGAAGAGAAUGGAUGCUGCUGUGGAUAUCCUGAAGCUGGUUCCAGUGAAAGUCAAUGUGAUGUCUGUCUCUGUAAGCUUGUUGGUUGUCUUUUUGGUUCUUCUCUACUGGUAUUCUGUCUAUCCAUAUUCCGUUUUGGCACGCAUCGGCAUCAACCAUCCAAAGCCAAUGCCUUUCUUUGGCAACAUGUUUCUUUUUCGUGAGGGUUUUUGGGAUGCACACAAUGAACUGAUAAAGAAAUAUGGGAGAGUGUGUGGUUAUUAUUUAGGUCGAAGACCCAUCAUUGUAAUUUCCGAGCCUGACAUGAUCAAACAGAUCCUGGUGAAGGACUUCACUAACUUUCCCAACAGAAUGCACCUGAGGCUGAGCACCAAGCCAAUCAGUGAGAGCAUUCUGUUUUUACGUGACGAGAGAUGGAAGAGAGUCCGUAGCAUUCUGACGCCCACGUUCAGCGCUGCAAAGAUGAAAGAGAUGGUUCCCCUAAUUAACAUAGCAGCUGAUACUCUGGUGGAGAACCUGAAGAGUUUUGCUGACUCUGGACAGAGCUUUGACGUUCACCGGUGCCUGGGCUCCUUCACUAUGGAUGUCAUUGCCAGUGUGGGAUUUGGUACUCAGGUGGACUCUCAGAGGAACCCAGAUAACCCCUUUGUGAAACAUGCCAAGCAGUUCUUCUCUUUCACAUUUUUCAGGCCCAUGGUGAUGCUGUUGAUUGCUUUUCCAUUCCUUAUUUCUCCUCUUAUCCGGAUUGUACCUAACAAAAGGAGGGAUGAACUCAACAACUUCUUUGUAAGCAGUAUCAAAAACAUGAUAAAGCACCGUGAGGAACAGCCAGCCAAUGAGAGACGACGAGACUUCCUCCAGCUCAUGCUUGACGUGAAAAGCACCAAGGAGUGUGUCAGUCUGGAAGAUUUUGAUGUUGUGAAUCAAACUGAUGUAGAUGCACCAACAAGAACCAAGCAAUAUGAGGAACCUUUAAAAAAAGCUCAGAAAAGGAUCCUGACAGAAGAUGAAAUACUUGGGCAAGCAUUCAUUUUUCUCUUAGCCGGCUAUGAAACCACGAGCAGUACACUGGCCUUUGCCUGUUACCAGAUGGCCCUCAACAUGGAGUGUCAGAAGAAGGUCUUCAGUGAGGUGGAUGAGUUUUACACCAGACAUGACACGCCAGACUAUAACAAUGUGCAGGAACUGCAAUAUUUAGACAUAGUCAUCUCAGAGACCCUGCGUAUGUUCCCUCCUGGUUUCAGGUUUGCACGGGAUGCUGCAGAGGACUGUACUGUAAAUGGGCAGUUUAUUCCCCGUGGUGCUACAGUUGAAAUUCCUGUAGGUUAUUUACAUUAUAAUGCUGACUACUGGCCUGAGCCUGAAAGGUUCAUUCCUGAGAGGUUCACAGCAGAAGCCAAGGCCGAAAGGCAUCCAUUUGCUUACCUGCCAUUUGGAGCAGGACCUCGCAGCUGUGUAGGCAUGAGGCUGGCAUUGUUGGAGGCGAAGAUUGCCAUGCUCCGCAUUUUUCGAAGGUUCCAGUUUGAAACCUGCCCACAGACAGAGAUUCCUCUGGAGUUAAAAUCCAACUCCACCCUUGGACCCAAAAAUGGAAUAUUUCUCAAAAUCAUACACCGACAGCCAGUUGCAUGCCACAAAGAAGAUUUGUAACUCUACUGUGUCUCUGCCUGUAAUAAUUUGCUCAUGAUUUACUCACUUUUUCUUUAGAUAUGUUAAUUUUUUUACAUUUCAGGGCAUUUGGGAGUAUGUACUGUACUGAUAACUAUAUAUUUUUAGGUUUAAAUAUGUAUUGUGUGCUUCUCAAAUGGUUUUCAAUGAGUGAGUUUAUAUUAGAAAAUGAAGAAAGAGACAACACAGGUGUUUAAAGAAGAACAGUUUUUUUUAGAACAUAGUCUGGAGAGAAAAUGUAAACAGCUCAACCAGUAAAAGUGUGCAUUCAUAACAAAUGCACAGAGUCCUCAUCUCACUAGUCAUUAGCUGGAUUUGAGGGGGAAUGUACAAGUACUGACAGAGGUUAAUUUUGAAUUGACCAAAACUGCAAUACCAGUCCCUGUGAGUGGCUAGCCAUUUGAGUUUGCGGUGUUAUCACCAAGAGCCACAAACUGUAAAACAAUGCUGGAAGCAUUGUGGAGUUAGUGCACACAUUAUGGUUUUGAUGGACAAUGAUGGACAAAAUGAUGGACAAAUACAUGUUUUGGAAGGACAAAUGACAAUACCAAACUGUAUUGGUAGAAAAACAAAAAAUAGAAAUUCUAAAUGUAAUAGCAGAUCAAUACUAAGUUUUGGAUUGUAUGGCUUUUAGAUAAUUAUUGCACAAUAAUUUAAAUAUACUUGGAUAUGGUGAGUUUGUUCCUGUUUGGUACACAUACAAAAGGGUAAGCCAACAGGGGAAAAGUAAUCUUUUUCAAUUCACAGUUCAAAAGUUAAAGUUUAUUGAGGUCAUACUAAACUGUCAGUUUGAUAAAGAUCCGUACCCUACCACCAUUGAUUUUUCAGGUAAUCAAGAUCCAUGCUAGAAAUGCUGUAUAAAAAGAAAUGUGACAAAUAUGUUAACUUCUUUGCAUUAUCCAUAAUAGAAAAAAAAUAUUGGUAACAGACAAUUAAUUGUAAUCAUAUUGAUGAUUCCUGGAGAUCAUAAAGGAUCUCUUUUCUGUAUCAAGUAAGUUGUAUGUAUGACAUCUGUGAUGAUUAUACUGUAGGUUGUUUUUCUAGUAUGAAAUGAAAUGACAUACAGUAUGACAUUACAGUUGUUAAGGUGGAUCCUGAUAGAUCUUAGAAUCAAAAUUUUGACAUUUCAUUCUCAAACCACAGUAAUAACUACUGGAAAAUCCAGUAGUGCUUCCUCUUCUAUGGUAGAUAUGAGUAAAUAUAAACAUUAACAGAAACUAAAUUCACAGUAAUUCACAAAGAGCUUAAUGUGAUUUGAUACUACAUAGGUUAUGUUUUCUUUUGCACUUUUUUUCCUGGGAAAGGCAAUGACAAUGGCCUACUUUUACUUUGUACUGAUGACAUACUGUAACAGUAUUUACUGUUCUCACAAAGUAAAUACUUAAAAUUUUAAAUCUGCACUGUGUUUGUCCUGCUUUAGGAGUCGAGUGUGGUAAGUGUGGUAAGCAUUCUCCUUGAAACAGUGAAUUACACAUAGUAAUCCCAAUAUGCAGGAUUCUUGUAGCCAAUUAUGCCACCUAGUGAUUCAAAGAUUCUAGAGAUCUUAUUCCUACUUAGGCACCCAGAUCUCCCUCAGCCUGGCACAAGAUGUAUUCAAAACGGGAACUGUGUUCUUCAGUCUCACACUGAAUUACCAUAGGGCACAUUUAGCCCACUUACAUAAAGCAUAUAAAGUCCUUAUUUCUCAAUACAGUAACUGGCCUUUGUUGAACAGAUUGGUUAACUGAAUAAAAGAUUACUGUAAGUGUACACAGUAAACAAAGUAAAUAAAAAAGUACAUACAGUACACACAAAAAAACAAACCAUUUGUUCCCGGUAGUCAUUUUUGGAAAGAAGAUACCAAAAAAAAAAUUCCACACACCAGUCAAAUUUAAAUUGACCUCCGUACAACAGCUCUAAGAAUGAAACCCACCCCACUCUUCAGUGCUUCAUUAGUGCUGGCUUGUGCCAAUAAAAGUAGAGUUUGUGUUGCUUUCAUUCUCAAGCUAUAGCAUGUUCUUCGAGCUUUCUUUUCCAAGAUAUAAGAUGUUUGGGAGGGUGUGAUGUCACCCAGCCGCUCUAUAACAGAGCUGUAGAACCGAGCUGGACUUGUUCGUUAGUGCUGUGGUAGUGUCAGUUUGUGCCAUUGAAAGUAGCUUUCGAGCAGCUUUUGUUCAGAGAUAUAGCACCUUAUUUUUCAGAUAAUCACUUUGCUGAUAAGAACUUUACCGUUAGUAACACAUUCUGAUGUAUUUAAUUACAGAAUGCAAGAAUAAGAAUGCCUGCAAUUUGCUUCUCUGACUGUCCAGGUAGUUGAGGUGGGGUGGAAGUUUUGCAUUUUAAUAGAUUUGAAUUUGUGCGUUUAUGUGAAUAGUAAAAUUAAAUCCCAUCUUAAUGUAACCAGAAGAGUUGCUGUUUUAGCUUUAAAAAGGAAACAUCUGGAAACAAUUUGUUUAAAAGGAAAAUAAAGGGAAUUUAUUUUUG